UCGAGUCGCAGUUCUAACGGUCCUAAAACAAUUUUCACUUUCGUAUAACUUCAGUUGCCGAGAAAUUCAGGAAACAUGUAUCGGCUCUUUGUGACGGUAAUCACGGUAGUCAUCUUCGCGUCAAUCAACGCGGAGGUGUAUAAAAUUCCGUUAUACAAGACAUACCCACGACUCCGUUCGGGUACGGCAGCCGUACCUCUGAUUAAAUGGAGAAAUAUUCAAUACUACGGUACUAUCGAAAUUGGUACGCCACCGCAAAAGUUUAAUGUACUUUUUGACACUGGAUCCUCCGAUCUCUGGGUACUAUCCAAAAUCUGCAACGUCAGCCAACCUGCUUGCUUAACCGUUUCAAAGAUUCGAGUCAGUGGUAAGAUGGGUUAUCCAGCCUUAUCUCACUUUGCGUCUACUACUGUCUUUCAACAGAUGAUUGAUAAACACGUGGUGUCCCAACUAAUUUUUAGCUUCUAUCUAAAUCGAAAUCACACGGACGUGAUCGGCGGUGAACUGAUAUUGGGUGGCACCGAUCCUUCCCAUUACGAGGGCGAGUUUACGUAUGUUAAUGUUACUGAAGAAAAAUACUGGCAAAUUAUUAUGGAUAAGAUUCAAGUAAAAAAUUACAUCUUUUGCUCGGAAGGCUGUCAAGCUAGCGUCGACACGGGUGUUUCUAUGAUAGGUGGACCAGCGUUGGAUAUCGCAGUUAUUAACAGAGAGAUCGGUGUUAAAAAUGGAACAGUGGAGUGCGACGAGAUUUCUAAAUUGCCCGAUGUCAAUUUCAUCAUAGGUGGUAAAACGUUUCAACUCACUGGUCAAGAUUAUAUCUUGAAGGUAAAGAAUAUUAUUAUAUAAAGGUUUAAA